UCUACCCUCAACACUGCCAUAUCCUUGCCACUCCCCAUUACACACCAAAGUCCAGCAUACAAAGCCAUUCCCUUCUUGCGAACCAACAUCUACUCCAGCCCCAAACCCCAAUCGUCAUCGCAAUCUAGAGCAACCAUGCCCUCCAAAGAGCGCGAAACAACAGACGCCCUAAUCCGCGCCUUCAACACCCAGGACGUCGACACCAUAAUCGCGCUCCGCACCCCUGACUGCAAACGCGUAUUCCUCCCCUCAUCACUGAAUUUUCCUCCCCAGUCAAACGAGGCGUAUCGCCAGAACCUCACCGGAAUGAAAUCAGUCUUCACGUCCUUCGAGCUCACCAUUCACGAUAUCGUUGAGGGGGUUUCACAGGACGAGCAAGGCAUUGAGCGCCGGAAGAUUGUUGUUUUUACCAGUGCGAGGGGAGAUACGCCGGUGGGUGAGUACAGGAAUGAGUAUGUGUGGAAGAUGGGUUUUGAGGAGGGUGGGCAGAGGGUGAGUGAGUGGGUGGAGUAUGUGGAUGCGGGCAUGGCGAAGGAUUUCGCACAAAAGUUGGCGGCGGAGGUCAAGAAGAAAGCUGGAGAACGAGCGAGCUCAUGA